GAUUUUCAAAUAUGUUUUACCAAAUCUCUCUCUCUCUCUAGCUUCUAAAGUUUCGCCCAUUUCCUCAGCUGGUUCACCCAUCCAGCAUACUCACAUCUCUCUCUCUCUCUUUCUCUCUCUGAAGUUAUUGAAAAUGGUGGGCAAAAAAGGAGGGUUCGAGGUGCAGGUGAAAAAGGAGGAGGUGGUGGCGGCGGCGUUGCCAAUACAGGAGCAUUGGCUGCCGCAGUCCAACCUCGACCUGCUCUUGCCGCCGGUGGACGUCGGGGUCUUCUUCUGCUACAAGAAGCCGGCGGCCGCCUCAGGAGGCGGAGGGGACUCCUCCUCCUCCGCAUUUGGGUUGAUGGUCGGUGUUUUGAAGAAGGCCUUGGCCCAAGCUCUAGUUUAUUACUACGCAUUCAGCGGCGAGAUUGUGCUCAACAGUGGGGGUGAGCCCGAGCUUCUCUGCAACGACCGGGGAGUCGACUUCACCGAAGCUUUCGCCGACGUCCGGCUUGAAGAUAUCAACUUCUACAAUCCCGACGAAAGCAUUGAGGCCAAGCUUGUGCCCAAGAAGAAGCAUGGUGUGCUCUCCGUCCAGGCCACGGAGCUCCUGUGCGGCGGCGCAGUGGUGGCGUGUUCAUUCGACCACAGGGUGGCGGACGCCUACUCCGCCAACAUGUUUCUAGUCUCAUGGGCGGAGAUGGCCCAGUCCAAGCCACUCUCACUUCUCCCAUCUCUCCGCCGCUCUAUACUCAGCCCUAGACGCCCUGCUGGAACCUAUCAUCCCUCCAUUGACGAGAUGUACGUGCCCAUCUCCGCCCUGCCGCCACCCAAACACCGCCGCCCCGCCGCCGAACAUCUGAUCAGCCGCAUCUACUACGUCGAGUCUGGCCAGCUGAAUCAUCUCCAGUCACUUGCCUCUGACUCAUGCGCCGGAAAGAAACGCACCAAGCUCGAGGCCUUCAGCGCCUUCCUGUGGAAGAUCGUGGCCGGACGAGAAACUCAACCGGACGGGACUUGCAGCAUGGGUAUUGUGGUUGACGGCAGGACGAGAUUGAGCACCAUUGACGGUUAUUUUGGGAACGUUUUGUCGAUUCCGUUCGGGAAGAAAAGCGCCGGCGAGCUCAGGGGGAAAGAUCUGAGCUGGGUGGCGAAUGCAGUUCAUGAGUUUCUGGAAGAAGCCGUGAGCAAGGAGCAUUUCCUGGACCUGAUAGACUGGGUGGAGGCUCACCGGCCGGAACCGGGGCUUUCGAGGAUUUACGCCGCCGGGGGAGGGCCAGCUUUCGUGGUGUCGUCGGGGCAGCGGUUUCCAGUGGGGAAGGUGGAUUUCGGGUGGGGAAGGCCGGCGUUGGGGUCGUACCACUUCCCUUGGGGCGGAGAUGCCGGAUAUGUGAUGCCGAUGCCGAGUCCGGCGGGGAACGGCGACUGGCUUGUAUACAUGCACCUGCUGGAGGGGCAGCUGGAGACGGUGGAAGCUCAGGCGGGUCAUGUGUUCAAGCCAUUGACGUUUGAGUAUCUCAACCACUGAAACAAUUAAUUGAUGUAGAAUAAGAAGAGGUAACAACCAAUGGUGAUAUACUGUGCUGGUGAUGUUAUCUAGGGUCAGUCCCAUUGUUGUUAAAAUCCCGAUUUUAUGCAUACGAUUUUACGAUUCGAAGAACCCCAAACGAUUCAAAUCCCAUGUAAAAUCCAAUUUGGGAUAAAAUCCUAUAAAAUCUCGAUUUUACAUGUACGAUUUUACGAUUUUACGCUGCAG